AGUUAGAGGCAUAUCCUUCUGAGUUUCUGAACGCCGGCUAUCGAUGCUUCUACCACAUCGGCAACCUCUCCUUUGGAUCCGUAUAACGAUUAAUACAUAGCUAGACCUUGGCAAGGCGGUACCUGCUUCUCUGGCGCUUAGCCAACCAUGUUCGAUCUGGAAACGUUGCCCAGCUUGGACGACCAGGACCUAGCGGCAUUGCAAAAAGCGGACUACAUCGAGGCUUCCGAAGUCAUCACGGCUGCCCCGCAAGACGUACUCAAGCGUCUAAAGUUGGCGGAUAUACAACAAGUCAACCGUCUCGUCCAAACGCUCUGCCAGGAUGUAGCCCCGAAAGCGAAGCGAUUAAGCGAUGUUGCCGAUGAAGAUGACAAGAAUUGGAUCACGACGGGAGAUCCAGAGGUAGACCGUCUCCUUGGCGGUGGAGUCAGGACAGGCGUCAUUACAGAGGUCUGCGGAGAGAGUGCGUCGGGAAAGAGUCAUUUAGGAUUACAACUCUGCGUAGCAGGUCAGCUACCAACAUCUUCAGACGAACUAUUACCUUCUGGAGCCAUCCUGCUCACAUCGGAGCGGAAAGUAUCGUUCUCGAGGCUGGAAGAGCUCGCUCGCCAUAUUGGCACACAAACGGAUCCCAAAGCCGCGAAACUCGCUGCCAAGACGCUUCUCGACAACGUACAUACGUUGCAUAUCACCGAGGUGGAUGGUCUGGACCAUGCUCUGGCGUAUAUCAUACCUGCGAUGAUAUCUCGCAUCUCCGCAAAGAGCGGCAAGGAUGGCUCGCUUCCCAUCCGAUUACUCGUCAUCGAUUCCAUCGGCGCUUUGUUUCGCUCAUCAUUCGAGACGGGGUUUUCUGGCUUGACCCAGAGGAGCAGGAUGCUCUGUCUCAUAGCGGACAAGCUAAAACUGCUCGCGGAAACCCAGAACAUGGCCAUCGUAGUGAUCAAUCAGGUGACGGACGUUUUUCAAUUCAGCUCUGGACCCUCGAACGUCCCUUCCCGGCCCGAAUCGCCUUCCCCUGUCAUUACACAUCAAUCGGGCUCGACCAUUCAGGACGGCUCGAACAACACCUUGGAAGAACCCACUCCGACAGAUGUUCCGGAUCAGCCCACCAUGACGUACAAGCGACAAUCUCGAUACUUUUCUGGUCAAUCUCAAUCAUACCCAAAAGAGGCUUCGCUCGGUCUCGUCUGGGCCAAUGCCGUUAACGUACGGAUCAUGCUGUCCAGGACGGGCAGGAGGAGGCUGCUCGACCCGGAAGAUCUCGGGAGGAAACGAGUCCGGUUGGCAGCGUACGAUAGGGAGGUCCAGCACGAACAAGGUGUCGUCAGCGAGGAUACCUUUGAGCCGACCCUGAUUCGGCGGAUGCAUCUGGUCUUCUCGCCAUUUGCUAGGCAAGAAAUGCUCGACUAUGUCAUCCUCCAAUCAGGUAUACACUCGGUACCUGAACGAAGACGCAUCGCAAACGAGGACGUUGGCGACGGACCUGCCCCGCAGAGCAGUCGUAGCAACGCGAACGACCAGGAAGCUGUGGGAUCCUCUCAGAGUUUCCAGGAUGACCUGAUCUUUGACGACUUUACCAAUCUACCACCGGAUUUCUGGGAGGAGCCGAAAGUGCCCCCUUAGAUGAACGAUCGACACGAGCCAUCAUUCGCACUAGUUAUCACAACAACCAAUAACGACCGCAUGUUAUCCCUCGACGACUUGUACGAAGGGUGCAUCAUCUAACGAACCUUUGUAACCGGAUUGGAUUGUCUACAACAGUAUCAUUCUAUUCAUACCAUGAAGAUAC